AUGGUGGCCAAAUCCGCCCUGCUCCUGGCUGGCGCAGCGCUUGCUGCUGCUGGUGGUGUCAAUCGCAGUCUUCCCCUUCCUCCUGGCACCCGAACUCUUAAAGUACUUGCUUCUUUAGCCACCGAUACAGCCGUUACAGGCACUGCCGCAGUGUAUGGAAUCAAUGACAACGAAAAUGCCAACGGUGGCCUUGGAUGCCGGGCCUAUUACGGCGACGGCAGCUCCAAUGAUGGCUGGCCAUCCAUCAGCCAAUGGGUCUCGUUCAACUACAUCUGGCAAGUCAACUACAACAGCAUUCAGAACUCGUGUAGCCAGUAUGGCGUCCCCAAUCUCUCCGACGACGAGAUGAACGACCUAGAGAACGGCAUCAACGACAUCGCCAACCAAUUCAACAUCGAUCAUCGCUACAUUCUGGCCGAGAUCUUGACGGAGUCUUCCGGCUGUGUCCGAGUUCCCACUACGGGUGGCCCCGCGACUGGCAUCUGGAACCCUGGCCUGUUGCAAGACUUCGAUGGAUACUACACCUGCAACUGCAAUACUUACAACGGCGUGUACAACGAGUACGGUGAGACCUGUGGUGUGGUCAACCCAUGUCCAGCAGACACAAUCAGCAACAUGAUUCGAGAGGGCGCUGUGGGCACUGAUAAUGGAGUCGGCCUUAGCUUUCUUAUCAACGCAGCCGAGGCUCAGGGUGCCCAGGACGCCCAGGUUUUUUAUGUUGCGUCUGAGUGGUACAAUCAAGGAGAGUACUCGCCUAACGUAGGUGGUUCUCUAAACGCAAACUGCUAUGCCAAUAAAGUGGCUCAGUGGCUCACUGGAUGCACGAAUCCGGUGUCAUGUUAA